AUGCCUUCAAAAGUGUCAUGUUUAUACCUGUUGACAGUGGUCUGCUGGGCGAGCGCUCUGUGGUACUUGAGUAUAUCUCGCCCAACAUCCUCUUAUGUCGGCCACAUGUCCGUGCCUAUACGUAAGACUGUGAAAUCCCACAAAAACAUCACCUUCACCAACAUCCGCACCCGCCCCCUUAACCCACAUGCCUUUGAAUUCGUCAUCAAUGAGCCGAAGAAGUGCGAGAGCGCCACUCCCUUCCUGGUCAUCCUCAUUAGCACCACGCACAAGGAGUUUGACGCGCGGCAGGCCAUCCGGGAAACCUGGGGGGACGAGAGCACCUUCAGCGACAUCCGCAUCCUCACCAUCUUUCUGCUGGGCAGGAACACGGACAACGUCCUGAACCAGAUGGUGGAGCAGGAGAGCCAGAUCUUCCACGACAUCGUGGUGGAGAACUUUAUUGAUUCCUACCACAACCUCACCCUCAAGACCUUGAUGGGCAUGCGCUGGGUGGCGACCUUCUGCCCCAAAGCACAGUACGUCAUGAAGACAGACAGCGACAUCUUUGUCAACAUGGACAAUCUGAUCUACAAGCUCCUGAAGCCCACCACCAAGCCAAGGAGGAGAUACUUCACUGGCUAUGUUAUAAACGGUGGUCCCAUAAGGGAUAUGCGCAGUAAGUGGUACAUGUCCAGGGACUUGUAUCCUGAGAGCAAAUACCCACCUUUCUGCUCGGGCACCGGCUAUGUGUUCUCAGCAGACGUAGCUGAGCUAAUCUACAAGACUUCAUUACACACAAGACUGUUGCACCUGGAGGAUGUGUACGUGGGACUGUGUUUGCGCAAGCUGGGUAUUCACCCAUAUCAGAACAGUGGUUUUAAUCACUGGAAAAUGGCCUACAGUCUGUGCAGGUACAGACGGGUUAUCACUGUGCACCAGAUCUCCCCGGAGGAGAUGCACCGCAUUUGGAACGACAUGUCUAGCAAGAAGCACCUGAGAUGUUAG